AGACUUGGAGAGGAGAGGAGUGAGCUGUGCAGUGCGGAGCAGAGCAGGGCAGAGCAGAGGCAGUCCGUCUCCACUGUGAGCAGCUCAGCACCAACAUCUGCACUCCAGCCGCUGUGUGAGCAGCCUCGCACCCCAGGACACUGACAACCACACACACACACAGGUGUACCUGUGUCUACUGGAGAGGUUUGUGUAGAAGAACAUGUUGUGACAGUCAUGUCUCUGGAGAUGGAGAAGACCAUCACCAAGCUGAUGUACGACUUCCAGAGGAACUCCACCUCUGAUGAUGACUCUGGAUGUGCACUCGAGGAGUACGUCUGGGUUCCCCCAGGCCUCAGUCCCGAGCAGGUGCAUCAGUAUUACAACUCCUUACCUGAGGAAAAGGUUCCCUACAUUAACAGCCCUGGGGAGAAAUAUCGCAUCAAGCAACUGCUUCACCAGCUACCACCACAUGACAAUGAAGUUCGCUAUUGUAAUGCUCUGGAUGAGGAAGAGAAACGAGAGCUUAUACUGUUCAGCAACCAGCGGAAGAAGGACAACUUAGGUAGAGGCAACGUCCGUCCUUUUCCCCUCACCAUCACCGGGGCAGUCUGUGACAAGUGUGGUGGCCAGAUAAAUGGAGCCGACAUUGUAGUUUUUGCUGCCAGGGCAGGCCAUGGAAAAUGCUGGCAUCCUCAUUGCUUUGUCUGCUGCACGUGUGAGGAGCUGUUGGUGGACCUCAUAUACUUCCACCAGGAUGGCAAGGUCUACUGUGGCCGGCACCACGCAGAGAAGAUGAAACCUCGCUGCUGUGCCUGUGAUGAGAUAAUCUUUGCUGAUGAAUGCACUGAAGCGGAGGGGAGGCACUGGCACAUGAAGCACUUCUGUUGCUAUGAAUGUGAGACCAAACUCGGCGGGCAGCGCUACAUCAUGAAGGACGGACGCCCACACUGCUGCAACUGCUUCGAGUCUCUUUAUGCAGAGUACUGUGACGCUUGUGGAGAACACAUAGGAAUUGAUCAAGGUCAGAUGACAUAUGAUGGGCAACACUGGCACGCAACUGAGGAAUGCUUUUGCUGUGCCCGCUGCAAGCGUUCUCUCCUGGGCCGACCUUUCCUGCCAAAGCAGGGGCAGAUCUUUUGCUCCCGGUCCUGCAGCGCCGGACAGGAUCCAGAGGAAUCUGACUCUUCAGACUCUGCCUUCCAAAGCGCUCGGUCCCGUGAGUCCCGCCACAGUACCAAGAUUGGCAAGAAAGAGCGUAAGAAUGCUGAGCAAUCGGAUCGAAGGAAUGCAGAGUCCCGCCAGUCAGCUCCUCCACCCAUGCCCGACCGUCUUUCGGCUGAAAUUGAUCCUGUCACAGUUCAGAUGGACCGACUAAGCCUCUCUUCUAGCCAGACUCCAAGCAGGACACCUAACCGCACACCUAGCCGCACUCCUAGUCGUGCACCAAGUCUUAACCAGGUGUGGAUGAGCAGGGAUGACCCCUAUAUCCCAGCUUCCUAUGAGGGCCCCCAACAGGAUUCCUCCCCCACCCCGACAACUAUACAUUUGAUGGGUCAGUGUAAUGUCAGGCAGGGAUACAAUCUCAACACAAAUGCUCAUACAAAUGCCCCGAGUCCUGCCAAUCCAGGAAAGAGGCCUGACUCCUGGGGAAAGGAACAAGGCAAUGCCAAGAGGACCCCUAUGGCUGCUGUGAGAGGCCACUCUUUUAAUGAAAACUGGAUGCACCAUAGCCAAGAUGAGUUCAGACCCAACAAGCUGCGUACCCAGAUGAGUUUCAAUGAGAUGUCUAGCCAGAACCAGGGCUUCUCUGACAAGAGGAGCAUCAGUAUGCAUGGAUUCCAGAGAAAUGGCCGACCCCCGCUGACCAGGAGGAAUCACAUCACUGCCAUGAGCUUCAAUGAGCCCCUCACUCCUCUAGAACAGACCCCUCGUGGAUCCAUGGACUCUCUCACUAUGUCCAAUGCCACAGGUAACUCUCUGGAUGGGGUCACUAAGCGUCAGGAACAUCUGUCAAGGUUCUCCAUGCCUGACUUGAGCAAGGACUCAGGUGUUAACGUAUCUGAAAAGAGCAACAUGGGCACCCUGAGCUCCUCAGUCCAGUUCCACAGCACAGAGUCACUGUCCUCUUCUCGUCCGUACAACAACAGCAUGUAUGCUCAACAGAGAGUUGGCUACCCACUGCAGUACUGGGAUGGUCCACAACAGUUUGGUCGUCCUGGGGUAAUGGGCAGCAGCGGAAACCUACGGAUGGCUCCGAUGAGUGACAGAAUGCCCCGUCGAAGAAUAAAUGGGCAGGAACCUGCAGCCCAGCAACAGCAACAGCAACCACAACCAAGACGCCGCAAACACCAUCGUGGAAAUAAUGGUGGGCAACACCACAGUGGUCGCCACCACAAACGCUCUCGCCGUUCCCGCUCUGACAACGCACUCCAUCUUGUAGCAGAGCGUCCCAAUCAAAUGAUGGAGCUUCCCUACCGCCGCAUUCAAGAGGAUUAUGAUCGCUUACCCUCUGGUCAAGCUGCUAGGGAGUUCUACGGUCUGGACCCAGGUGGGUACAGACAGCAGCCCCACCGGCCCUGUCCUCGCACCACUUCUGAUCUCACGUUGCAGAAUGCUGGCUGGCAACCUGUGGGACUGGGUGGACAAUGUUGGGGAGAUGGGUACAUGGAGGCUCCGGACCCCUGGUGCUCCAGCUGCUCCUCUUCCUCUGAGUCUGAGCCAGAUGAAGGAUAUUUCUUGGGUGAACCAAUCCCUCGGCCCGUGCAGCUAUGUUACAUCAACAACGAGGAGCUACGCCAUCGCUACAGCCCUUCUGCGAUGGGUGGCCACCAUGGACCUCUGCACGGACCAAUUCAUGGCCAGUUGCACACCCGCCAGAGGAGGAAGAGCAAAAACUGCAUAAUUUCCUAGUUAUAGAGCAAGGGAAUGGGGAGGGAUGAGAAGUGGAGUGAAAGAAAAGAAACAAAGGCAAGAAGACAGAGAUGGCAGAGAGAAGGAAUAGAGGGAGUGGGAAGGUGAGAGUGAAACAGUUGAAAUAGAUUGAAUAGACAAUUUGUGUGUGUGUAUAUGUGUGUGUAGUAGGGUUGAAGAGGAAAAAAGACCCAUUUAUUGUGCUUGUGAGCUUAUACAACUCUACACUGGGUAGUGUUUGUGCACACCUACACAGAAUGAUCUAAUCACAAGAGGAAGCUGAGCUGGCUUACGCAACAGGAAUGUUUACAGUGAUGGAGAACAACUCCAAUAAUGGUACUAGGAACCACCGAUAAACUUGACUGCUAAAUGUGGUCAAGGUAAAUAAUAUGAAAUAUGUGUGUGUCUGUCUGUGAGUGUAUUCAUGUUACAGAGAGAAAUGAAACAACUCUUUUACAAACUGAAAAAGGAAAGUAAACUGGUCAAACUGCAGUGAUCUGGCAGUUCACAACUCAGCUCAGAGAUCCAACCCCUGAACAGUCAACUUAUUCUCCGUGGACAAACAAGAAGUUGUGUUGGGAUAGUAAAAGCUGUGUGCUAGAUUCCAAGCUAUGUCAUUGUUUACCUCACUGGAAUCCAGAUGCUGCUGGAAUAUAGUUUUGGUUUGCUAGCCCUCUUAUCGCCUUGUACAAAAAGUCUGUUGAACCUUGUGCUCUACAUAGCCAGCUCUCCAUGCUUUGCCGGGACAGAGUGCCAGGCAGCCUCUGCUCCUUGACCAUUAAGGCACAGUAAUGUCAGGUAUGGUCCUGUUUUCUCUUCUGCAACAUGCUUUCUUUUCUGAGAGUUACUUAUAGAUGACUAAGAAUAAUGAAAAUAAUAAUAAUCCUCACUAUAAUAAUAACACUAAUAAUAAUGCAAAUAAUACUUAUAAUAAUAUUAAAGAA